GUGUCUGGCGGUCAAAAGCAACGUAGAUCCGUCGCCCGCGCUCUCAUACGCGACCCCAAGAUUCACUUCCUUGACGAGGCGACGUCGUCGCUAGAUUCCGAGUCGGAGAACCUGGUCCAGGCCGCCUUCGAGCGCGCCAGCAACGAUCACACCAUGAUAUAUAUCGCCCACAGGCUGGCAACGGUCCAGAACGCCGACAUUAUGUUUGUUUUUGCCUAG